GGUUGGAGGAGGGAAAUAAUCCGUCCCGCGGAGACGACGACUAUGAGGGGUGUCACCAAAAAGCUGAAUGAGACCGAUGGACACAUCUCGUUUGGACCAUGAGGAGAAUGUCCAUCCGAGUGACUGGGCGUACCGGAGCACAGGGCGCCUGUGGGUCCAGACAUGUGUUCUUUGGUGUUGCACCACAAAAGGCUCUGUGCAUGAGUGCAGCAGGGACUGUGGUCGAUGGAAAGUCAGAGGGGAGAAAAGGAGCUCAGGGCACGGCGGGUAGAAAGAGAGGUGUGGAUGGACGGGUGCGGAGCUUUGAGGAGAUCCCUCACACUGGGAGGAACAGCUGGGUCAACCUGCUGAAGUUCAGGAGGGAAGAUAAUUUCAAGCAGCUCCACAAACACAUGGAGAGGACUUUCAAUGCCCUCGGGCCCAUCUACAGGGAGCACGUGGGCACACACAGGAGUGUGAACAUCAUGUUGCCAUCCGACAUUGGUGAGCUGUUUCUUGCGGAGGGCCUGUACCCCGAGCGGAUGACCCUGCAGCCCUGGGCCACACAUCGCGAGACGCGCCAGCACAGCAAGGGGGUCUUCCUCAAGAACGGUGAGGAGUGGAGAGCUGACCGUCUACUGCUCAACAAGGAGCUGAUGAUGAGUGCAGCCGCAAAGCGUUUUCUCCCUCUGCUUGAUGAGGUGGCCGGGGACUUCUGCCAAAUGCUGCAGGCGAGAGUCGAGAGCGAGGGAAGAGGAAAGGAGGGCAAGCGCAGCCUGACCAUCGAUCCGAGCCAAGAUCUCUUCCGCUUUGCGCUGGAAGCCAGCUGCCACGUGCUCUAUGGGGAGCGUAUCGGCCUCUUCUCCUCGUCUCCCUCCCAGGAGUCUCAGAAGUUCAUCUGGGCCGUGGAGCAAAUGCUGGCAACCACCCCUCCUCUCCUCUACCUGCCCCAUCGACUCCUGCUCUGCAUUGGCGCUCCCCAGUGGACCCGGCACGCCACUGCAUGGGACCACAUCUUCAGUCAUGCGGAAGCCAGGAUCCAGCGGGCGUACCAGCGACUGUCAUCUUCCCAGGGUCGAGGGUCUGAGACUGGUGCAGCCGGAGGCCAGUACAUCGGGGUUCUGGGCCAACUCAUGGAGAAAGGGCAGCUAUCUCUGGACCUCAUCAAAGCCAACAUCACUGAGCUGAUGGCUGGAGGGGUCGACACGACGGCAGUUCCCCUGCAGUUCACUCUGUUUGAGCUCGGCCGCAACCCAGAGGUGCAGGAGAGGGUGAGGCAGCAGGUGAGAACGUCAUGGGCCCAGGCUGGUGGUGACCCUCAGAAAGCCCUGCAGGGGGCGCCACUACUGAGCGGGACAAUCAAGGAGGUUCUCAGGUUGUAUCCGGUGGGAAUUACAGUGCAGCGGAUGCCUAUCAGAGAUAUUGUUCUACAGAAUUACCAUGUACCUGCCGGGACGAUGGUCCAGGUCUGUCUUUAUCCCCUGGGAAGGAGCACAGAGGUGUUUGAGGAUCCACAGCGCUUCGACCCCACUCGGUGGAGCAGGAGCAGAGAGGAGGGACAAAGAGGAGAAGGGUCAGCGUUUCGCUCCCUGGCAUUUGGGUUUGGGGCGAGACAGUGUGUCGGGAAGAGGAUCGCCGAGAACGAGAUGCAGCUCUUCCUCAUGCAUAUCCUGCUGAGCUUCCAUAUCGGCGUGACGUCCACAGAGGACAUCAAAACCACAUACACCCUCAUCCUCCAGCCCGAAACUCCACCGAGGAUCACUUUCAGCAAGCUCUGACACAGACACAGACACACACACACACAGACACACGCAAAUCACAGAUUAGCCUGCGUUAAUCUGGCAACAGAUCAACCAGAUUUCUGUUGAUAAUGAUGAUGAUGAGGAUGAUGAUGGUGAUCAGUCAAGGUUCUGCUCUUUCUAUUCAGUCCAUGAAUUCCUCAUACUGACAAAUAAAUGACGAUCUGUUCC